AUGGUGUCGUUCAGCGGUUGGAAACUCAGUACGUUGGAAUACACGUACGCGUGGAGACACGACUUCGACUUCCCGACCAACAUGUGCUCGUUGGCCGCGCAUUUCGGCAACGUCGAGGUGUUGAAAUACUUGCGCAAGUUGGGCCUCGAGUGGGACGUCAGUACGACCGCGGAGGCCGCGCGCUACAACCGUCUGGCGUUCCUGGUCUACGCGCGAACAAACAACUGCCCGUGGGACGAAACGACGUGCUCCGCGGCCGCGUUGGCCGGUCACCUCGAGUGUUUAAGGUACUUGCACCGGCACGGAUGCGAAUUGGAAUACGCUCCAAACGGCAACAUUGUACUCACGCGUUUAAGUUUUUGUUGGCAGUGUCUGUACGUGGCAUCAUCGUCAUUCGCGGUGUAUCUACGUCCAAAAUCAACGUCGUGCAAAGCCAACGAUUCUUCCGUACACAGCCGACGGCUUAUCAGCGGACCACACUUCCACCGACAACUUACUGUGUACAAGAUGGUGUUCAGUCUGGUGAAGCUGGCGUACUUUGAGUGCAGCGUCGAACAGCGGUUGUGGUAUAACUCGAUACCGGGACCCGUAGUGCCGGUCGACGUGCGGAGCUGUUGCGAAUAUCUGAUUAAAGCCAGAAAAGUCGCGCGGCUGUUGACGAACUGCGAGCAACCGGACGUGUGUUUGAUGGCCGCCGAGAACGGGCACGUCGACUGUCUGCGAUUGGCGCACGUCGCGGGCAUGCCGUGGAACUCGCACACCAUGGCCGCGGCCGGCCGGGCCGGCCACAUCGAGUGCUUGAGUUACGCUCACCAGAACGGCUGCGAGUGGGACGAAACGACGUGCUCCGCGGCCGCCGAGAACGGAAGCAUUGAAUGCUUAAAAUAUGCUCUCCGAAACGGAUGCCCGCGGAGUGCCGACACCUGCACGGAGGCCGCGUUGCACGGACACCUCAAUUGUUUGAUGUACGCCAGUCAGCAUGGGUGCCCGUGGGACGAGCAGACGUGCGCCGCCGCCGCGUUGGCCGGUCACCUCGAGUGUCUAAGGUACUUGCACCGGAACGGAUGCCCGUGGGACGCGCGCACGUGCCAAGCCGCCGCGAUAAACGGCCAUUACAGGAGCCUAAAGUAUGCACACCGGCACGGAUGCGAAUUGGAAGUUAACACACUCUUUUUGGCGCUCAUCAACGUCAAGAUGAAGUGUUACAAUUACGCACUCCGAAACAUUAGCCCCUUGCCAAGUUCGGUUGCGCUUUGGCGGGGGAAUAUUUGA